AUCUCCUAUUAUUUUCUGAACUAUCAACUGAAGGUUGCAAACAUGAUACUGAAAUUCAAAUCUUACGCAUUCUUUGUUAUACUGAACAGUUGCAUUUUGAGAAGCAUAGUGGACGCUACAGACAGACGUUGUCCGGAUAAUUAUAUCCGUUGUAGAGACGGGAUUCGAUGUUUCCCUCUUGUAGCAUUAUGUGAUAAUACGACAGCGCUCUGUAAAGAUGGUAGUGACAAGGAUCCUGAGUUCUGCAGAGUGCAAAGUUGUCCUUCCACUCAUGCUAAAUGUAGAGAUGGACUCCAAUGUUUCCCAUUACGAGAUCUGUGUGAUGGGGAUACAACUUACUGUCUUGAUCAAAGUGACGAAGAUCCCAACUUUUGUAGAGAUCAAAACUGUGAACCUGGUUACAGUAAGUGUAGGGAUGGUAUACACUGUUAUAUGUCUCAAUGGAUCUGUGAUCGUGCUGGAACAUAUAAUUGUCCAGACCACAGUGACGAAGACCCAGAAUUCUGUAAACAACAAAGUUGUCCUGAAUUUGAUGCCUGGGAUGACUGGAAUGGUUGGAGGAAAUGUCGAGACGGAAAGCAAUGUUUCAACGUACAUGGCUUAUGUGAUGGUAUCGCUUAUUGUAAUGAUUUUAGUGACGAGGACCCAGAGUUUUGUAAAAACCAGACAUGUGCUGAAGGCUAUAUAAAAUGUCGUGAUGGUAAUGAAUGUUUUCCUUUGUGGGGUCUUUGCGAUGGUGGAGAUGGAAGCACCAUGUUUAAUUGUGACGAUUGGAGUGAUGAGGAUCCAAAAUUCUGUAGAGUACAUGAGUGUGACAAAGACUAUGUGAAAUGUCGAGACGGUAUCCAGUGUAUAAAACGCAAUCGUCUGUGUGACGGAUCUAACUGGUAUCCUAGAAUUGACUGUGCUGACAACAGCGAUGAGGAUCCCGAGUUUUGCAAAUUACAUGAAUGUGCUUCGGGGCACUCUAAAUGUAGGGAUGGUAUCCAUUGUUUCCCCGAUACGGCCCUUUGUGAUGAACUGGGCCGCUAUUGUCCAGAUGAUAGCGAUGAUAGUGAAGACUUUUGUAAAGAGAAAUAUUGUGCACCCGGUUACACUAAAUGUAGAGAUGGUAUUCAUUGUUUUCCUUACGCAUCUUUGUGUGAUGGACAAGAAGUUUAUUGUGCAGAUGGCAGUGAUGAAGAUGAUGAUUUUUGCAAAGCUGCUUGGUUCCAAGAGUAAAAACGUCAGGAGAACUUGUAGUAAAGUACAAGGCUAAGGCAAGGUCUUUUCGUACAAAUAAAAAUAGUCACUUGUCAA